AUGGUUCCAUGGCUGUUCCAGAUCCGUGUCUCGCGCUGGAUGGUUUCCGACCUUCAAAUUCCAGAAGGUGUUGCUGCUGAUGGAGGCAGUACGCUCGUCCUCCGUCUUAUUUUUGACGGCAAAGUGGUGAAUCUUGCGUUUCCCUCGAAGCAGCAAGUUCCAAGAGCGAAUAGGCGCACCUCCUUCAAAUAUCGCGUCGGUGCUGACUCGCUACGGAACCUCGUCGCGACGCUCAGCCAGCGCACAGCUGUCUUUCAGAUUAUUCUUAUUGACGGGAGCGAAAAGGAGGUUUUGGUAGGUCUCGCCUCGACGAGCUUGCUGCAGCUGGUGCGGAAAGUUGGUGCGCAGUGCUCGUUUCAGCUGGUGCCACCGGGUGAAGUCAGCCAGAUGACAACAGUGGGACAAUUGUCGAUGCUUCUCUUCAUGGAGCAAAUAGGAGAUGUGGAAUUGCGGAUCAAGGAGGUGCGCGCCUCUGGUCUCGAUGCCGGCGAAUAUAAAUUGCGUUGUCAACUCUCCUCGUGCAAAACGGAAGCAUGGAGUGCAUUAAUACGGCCCAAGUCGGGGUGCGUGAGUUGGCAAGAGUCGAUGCCACUGAAGUUGGUGUUCACCGGAACGCUGCGCACGCUGGCGGCACAGCAGCUGGACGUGACGCUCUUCAGAGUUUGCAGGAACGGUCUGAAGAUGCCAGCUUCCACGCUAAGUGUGGAUCUCGCAAAGCUUCAGGAGGACUCAAAAGAUGUAUCGAGAGAGAUAUCAUUUGGUUUGGAGAGUGACAAGACCCCUGUCUCUGUCUUUGGCAUUCUGGAACUCUUACAACUGCCUAUUUUUCAUCAACAAGUGGAUCAGAUGUUGGAGAGCCCGUGCAUCUUGGUCUGCGAGGAGAGCAACGAAAAGGGUAAGAGUGUUUCUUCCGGUGGCACGUCUGUGCCUCUUGUCGGCGUGUUGAGUUCCCCGCCACUGCGAGCCUGUGCCCCCGAGACGUGUCGGCACCAGACUCCCAGCGGUUCGCCAGCGUUCGCGUCAGGGGCGUCAAUACCACCGUUGCAUAUUCAAGAGCCCACACAAAACUCACGGGAAAACGGCGGUAAAGAGAGUAGUUAUAAUGAAACAAGUAUGCCUCAGGGUGGGGAUCGUGCCAUUCCCGAAGCUACCUCUCCCGUCGCACAACUGCGUAAAAAAGAUUUUGAGGGCGAUAGGAGUGAGUGUGCCCAACAGCAGGGCUCUUGCCCUCAGCAGCCCGGUGGUGCAGCUGUAGCACCCGGAGCGUUGCUCAGCGUUUGCCAUGUGGUGGGACCGAGUGAAGCGGUAGAAGGGGAGAAGAUCCAUCGCACAUCGUGUGGCAGUGUAUGUGAAAUAAACAAUCAAUACAACGAAGAUUGUUCAAAUGAGGAAAUGCGGCUUGGCCAAGAGUUGGACCGUCUGAAUGAGCGCAUUGCCUUCCUUUCGAAAACUCUGAAAGAAAUCCUUGACAGUUCGGAAGCUGCCAAGGAAACUGUGCAUGCGCGGAUAUCUAUGUGGGAGCAGCAGCUAAUGGAGCUUGACCGGGAGGAGGCAUCCCUGGUGGAGAUCUCCAACCAAAUCACAGAGCAGAUGCAGCUAUGUUUCAGCUGGGGCCUCUAA